AAUCACUUUUGGUGUUCUGUUUCUCCUGUUGACCUUGGCCUUGCUGUCCUCCUUGCUGGAAGAAUUGUUCGAAGAACUGAAAUUGUGCGGAGGCCAAGCCCACCAGCAUCAAGACGAGACCGAAAGUGUACUUCAUGUUGAUCGGUGAUAGUGCUAUAAAUGCUCAAGAAAUGUGUCGAUAGGCAAGACGGAAAGAGACAAGUUGGUCUCUUGCCGUAGAAAGGGAUUCGUCCUAAAAGAGUCUAGUGUGAUGUCCCCAUUGGCAUUUGCAGAUUCGGCGAAACUUCAACAUCGAGAGCAUCAAGCUUCUCUACAUAAAACCAAACACCGUGAACAUGCUGCAACCUCGAUUAUACAGGUCUGCAGUGUCAGCAGACGCGUCUCUAACAGCUCUUGCCUCAUCACUCAACACCCUCAGUCUCUGCGCAAAGCAUAGACCAGCCCAAAUCCAGCCCCGAACAUCCACGAUUUUCGUCCGACACGCCUCACACGCACAACAAGGUCGAGCAAAUGGCCCAGGAGACUCCGCUGGACGGCGUCUGGGCGCUAAAAAGACCGCAUCAGAAUUUGUAGUGCCGGGAAACAUAAUCUUCAAGCAGAGAGGCACGAAAUGGCAUCCCGGCGACAACGUAGGCAUCGGCAAGGACCACACCAUCUUCGCCACCGAGUCCGGCUACGUGCGCUACUACCGCGAUCCCCUCAAACACCCGAAGCGAAGGUACAUUGGAGUUGCGCUGGAAAAAGAAGGACCAGGCUCACAGCUUCCCGUGCCUCGCAACGCGCCCUCGAGGAGACGAUUGGGCAUGUUUGCCACGCCGCUUAAACAGCAAGAUCCGGACAAAGACUUUAUGGAGGCACAUUUGGCCGGCAACAGCAGCAGCGUUGCUACAUUCAAGUCCGGUGUAACAACACCCACACCACCUCCAACGAUCACUCGACAGGGCACGUAUCGUGAAGCGAACGUCUCGAUCGGUAUGGCCGCGGAGAGAAAGGGAAUCAAGGUGCGGGAAUUCGAUCGCGGUGACCGAUGGCUUGCCUGGCGCAGACGUGCUGCUAGGGUGAAGGCCGGUAUGGAAGCCAAGGCGGCCAAAGGCACGAAGAAGACCAAGGGCAAGAAAUCAAACAAAGGCGCACCAAUUGGCGGGAAGAAGAGGUGAGCCGUGGCCAUUACGGUUUGACGGAUUUUGUAUAUAAUAAGGGGGCCUUUGCGCUCCCAACCGGUCGUAUAUGAUGGCUGGAAAAGAGUAUGAUGAUUUGCUUGCACUAUAUUGUGUUCAAGGGCGGUACCCCAUCUCCGGUUUGGUUUUUGGGUUCAGUCUCCAUGAUAUGCUCUUUGACUAUCUAUAUGCGGA